UUUUCUGUCAUAUUUUGUUGAAAACAAACGAAAUGGAAAUAAAAAUAUUAUAAAUCCAAAACAUUCAAAUUUAAAACUGUUUGUUAAUUAGUUAUUUAGUCGAUUUUUAAGAACAAACUAAUUAUGUCAGGGACAUAUUACUUUGUAAUAGUAGGCCACUCCGAUAAUCCUAUUUUCGAGAUGGAUUUCAUACCAGUUACCAAAGAUGUGAAGAAAGAAGACAAUAGACACUUAAACCAAUUUAUAGCUCACGCUGCUCUCGAUUUAGUUGACGAACACAUGUGGAAAGUGACCAACACGUACUUAAAGUCAGUCGAUAAGUUUAAUCAGUGGUUCGUAUCUGCAUUCGUCACUGCAAGUCAGAUGAGGUUCAUUAUGGUACACGACAUACGCAAUGAAGAUGGUAUUAAGAAUUUCUUCACAGAUGUCUAUGAGGCGUACAUAAAACUUCUCUUGAAUCCAUUCUACAAAGAAGACACACUUAUAACAUUCCCAGCGUUUGAUAAGAAAGUACAGUUACUUGGAAAGAAAUAUCUAACAUAAAAUUAUGGAGUAUAUUCUCAUAAGGAUAAUUUAUUUGCAUAUUCUAAAAUGAAUCAAGAAUUGGAAAAAACUAUUGUCUUAUACUUAAAACUUACAAUAGCAAUAACUAGCCUAAUGGUAUAGUUGAUUGUGCCACUGUUUCAUCUCUGUGGUUGCAAAUUCAAUUUACACAUCAAGUCGAGACGUAAUAUUUUUAUGUGUACUUAUAACACGGGCCGAAUACGUGUGUAUAUUAACAUAUUUACUGUCUAUCAGGUCUUACAAAAUUUUUUUUAAAGUAUCAAUAACGUAAAUAAU